UACCUCGUUUGACUGUGGAGGGUGGAACUUAUUCACAUUUGUUAUGGAAGAUGUCUUUCGUGAGGGGAGCUAUGAUAACUGCGUCAAAGUCAAAAGUAUUGACUCUCGCCAGGGCUUCUACUCUUCUGAGCAAUCUUAAUGUGAGCCAACAGUUACACCGGGUCCCUCAAACCCCCAUCACACCCGUUUACACAGCGGGGCUUCAGCGCUUCAGCAGCGCCUCAGCGCAGGAGAAGCCAGUGGUGUCAGGUCCAUCUGAAGAUAAAGUACACCUCACCGAUUCAUGUGUGAAGAGACUGGGGGAAAUCAUGGAGAAAGGCGAGUACCUGAGAAUACACGUGGAGGGAGGAGGCUGCUCCGGGUUCCAGUACAAGUUUUCAGUUGUCAGUGACAAGACUGAAGAGGACAGAGUGUUUGAGCAGGGAGGAGUGGGCAUAAUCGUGGAUCAGGACAGCCUGGAGUUUGUGAAAGGGGCCACUGUGGACUACACCCAGGAGCUGAUCCGCUCCACCUUCCAAGUUCUCAAGAACCCACAAGCUGAUCAUGGCUGCUCCUGUGGCAGCUCCUUCUCUGUUAAACUAUGAGCCUGCUUCCUUGUGUCAAUAUAACUUAUUUACCAGUUUAUUAGAAUAUUAAAGUCCCAUCAUAAUAAAAUGCAUUUGAACCAAUUCAGAAAAACAAUUACCACAAAGAUUCUUCAACACCUGUCUGACAAUGUUUAUAAAAAUUAUAUAAUAAGCUUCACUAAAAUAGAAUUUAUUGCAGGGCUGUUAUAUUGGAUUGGCUUUAGCAGUACACGUGUACCAAAUAAACUUGUAAUUUGGGGUAUCAUAUUGGACAAUCUAUGAUAUUUUGAAUUCCUAAUUCAAUUCACUAAAAACAAUGUGUAGUGUCACAGUGAAACUGUCAGAUAAUGCUUUUUCUGGAGAAAUGUGUUUUUUUUUUCACAUGUGAAAUGACUUGAACUGAAUGGAAAGCAGAGCUAUCAAUUCAUCAUUGCACUAGUGACAGGCAAGACUGCAUACUGACAGCUGAGUUCAUCUUGGUAAUUUGUCAUGCAUUCAAAAAAAAACAAAGGUUCAGUUGAAGUAUUCAGUGCUUAGAGUUUCCCUCGUGUGUAAAAUAUGUAAAUAGACCAUAUCUAUGAAGAGCUAAACUUUAUUGUAUUUGUUUCAACUAAAAUAAAAGCUGAGUGA